ACAAUCGAUGAUUUUUAUCGCGCGAUCGUCCUAAGAUGUUCAGUUUCCUGAGGACGCACUCCGUCUCGAUGCAGAGUGCCCGUAUCAUGUCAACGUACACGACCACGCAACGCUCGAUGCGAAUCUGCUCGUUCUGCAAGUUCCACCAUUUGAAACCCAGACCUACGAGAUACGCAUUGCUUCGUCAUUACUCAACAAUCGAUUCGUUGGAACUACAUGCCCCCUUAAAGAAGAAAAUUAAACAUCGCUCUAAGAAAUAUGCAGAAUUAUUGGAAGUAACGGAUCAGGUGACCAACAACAGAAGAGCAGCAGUGCGUAAAUUAAACUCCACUCAUUUAUCCGCCUUGAUGGAUCAGCCUGAUGUCACGCUAGAUAAACUGCAUAAGGUCACCAAGGCAAUGUCGACAGCAGUGAAGGGUACUACAACUCAAUGCAAGGAGAAAUCGGUUUUUGAGAAGGAAGUAAACACAAAAGUGGACAGUAUACACAGCGCCAUACUUAAGGAAUCCAGCGAGUAUUUACAAGAUACGACCGCAAUCGUAGAAGAUCUGAAGCAGUCUGGUGUGAGCGAUCACACCAUGUUGCUCAAGGACUCUUCUUUCCUGAAUACGUUGCAGCAGAUCAACAAGACCGAUGACAAAGAUGUAGAUCAGAAUGACACACACGUACAGACGUCCAAAUGUAACAAGAAUUUUCGUUCCUUGAUUCCCUUCAUGAAGGAGAAGGAUAAGUUCGAGUAUUCCAUCUCCGAUCAUAACCUGAUGUCUCAACUACUGGUGUACAUGGACAUCUACGUACAACUCAGGAUGCCGCAGAAGGCCCAGAGGAUACUAAUGCAGACUAUAGAACAGUUCAAGUACAGUAAAGUCGGUACUGCUCCGCUCUACAAUCUGCUCAUUGAGACUCACGUCUCCGGUGCGCAACUGGAGAAGGUUCUCGAAAUCUACGAGAUAAUGAAGACGCAUUCUGUCCAACCAAAUGCGAAGACGUACGUUCUUCUGUUGCACAUGGUCGCGAAAAUCAAAAAUCACAAGAGACGAAAAGAGAUUGUGACGGAAUUGACAGCGGAUAUGAAAAAGGGAAACAUUUCCUUCGACGACGUAAUGAACACGAUGAUGAACACGGCGCGACGCAAUGCCGUUCUUCAAUGUAUUCGGCUCGUCGAUCCGAAAUAUCAGAUACAGUACAGAGACAUCGAUACUGCGUACGACUGCAAAUUACUGCAGAAUCUGACUGCGACUGAGAGCAAGCAGCAGACCCCGGCGGAGGGAGUAGUGACCAUGGACGAGUUGCAUGAUAUGUUACAUACGCAGAUUGACAUGGAGAAACAGUGCAAGCUGAAAGUGCAGAGUGUCGCGCCGCUCAACGGAGAUUCCCAUGUUAGACAGCAAGCUGCCAACCGAAUCGCAGAAUUGGAGCAGUUCUGGAAAUCGUCCGUGACGGAAGCUUUUGAGAGAAAUGUGACUUACUUGAAAGAACAUGAGAUCAGAAUGAAAUCGGAAUGGAAGAGUCUGUAUCCGUUUCUGCAAGUGCUACCCAAGGAAGAAUACAUCAAUGCGAUUCUGAAUGAAAUUAAUCAGCUGGCUAAAUCUUCUGAUAUGUACAGUUCAAGCAUGUUGGCUCUUUAUCACAACCUGGGAAAUAGCAUUUAUAAGAAAUAUGAGUUGCAGCGGAAAGUGAAAGCCGGCGUUGUACAGAGCGUGAUUAGAAUCUACAAGGAAUAUCUAAAGUGGUAUCUACAGACCAAUGUUGCUGACAAGAAUAUCAAUGGACGUGUUAAGUGGCAGCAGCUUAUUCAGGAGGCAAAUAGAUCUGGCGUUUACUCCGACAUUACAGUGCCAGAGUGGCCACGCAGCGUUCUGCUGAACCUCGGCAAGUUUCUAUACAACAUCAUCGUGAACAACGUCAAGAUCCCUCACAAGCCGGACACGCCCGACCGACAGAUACCCGCAUUUUACUUGCUUUUCCGGAACAAGGGCAACGCCUUUCUGACGGAGGAGAUCAAACCGCACCCGCAACUGCACAGGCUUUACAAAGACGCAGAUCCGGAAACGCUGAUCUUCGACACGGUUCUGCUGCCAACGUAUGUACCGCCGCGCCCCUGGGUCGACAUAAAAGCCGGUGGUUUCCUGUUGUCCAAGACCAACUUUAUUCGCGACGUUUAUACCAGGAUGACGCCUGUGCAUUUAUUGCGGAACACGCCGACGCAGGAGCUGUAUCCGGCGUUCGAUUGUCUGAAUCAGCUCGGCACGAUUCCCUGGAAGAUCAACGAGCCGAUGCUGGACAUCCUGAUCCAGAUCUUCCAGGAGGGCGGCUCAGAGGAGCUAAACGUACCGCAGUCGCCCUCGGUGUUACCAUCAGCGUCCGAUGUUAUCGGAACGGAGAAGAAUCGCAACAAGUUGUCGCAAUUACUGCUCGAGCUCAGACGUAGAAAGAAUGAGCUGUACUCACUCUGGUGCGACUGCCUUUAUAAACUGUCCCUUGCCAAUCACUUCAGGGGCAAGACAUUCUGGCUGCCACACAAUUUGGACUUCAGGGGCAGGGCGUACCCAGCGCCGCCACAUCUGACGCAUCUUAGCUCGGACCUCAGCCGUUCGAUUCUCAUGUUUGCUCAAGGAAAACCACUGGGUCCCAACGGCCUGGACUGGCUGAAGAUCCACACGAUAAACUUGACCGGUAUGAAGAAGAGGGAACCGACGUACAAGCGACUCGAGUACGCGAACGAAGUGUUGGAUCUGAUCAUAGACAGCGCACGGAAUCCAUUGACGGGACAGAAGUGGUGGACCAAAUCGGACGAGCCGUGGCAGACCCUAGCGGCGUGCAAGGAGAUAGAUAACGCACUGCAGUCACCGAACGUGGAGGAGUAUGUGAGUCGGUUGCCGAUCCACCAGGAUGGCAGCUGUAACGGGUUGCAGCACUACGCCGCGCUUGGUAGGGACCAGAUCGGUGCGGAAAGCGUGAACUUGUAUCCCUCGAGCACACCACAGGACGUCUACAGCGUCGUCGUCGGUAUGGUCGAGCAGUUCAGAAAGGCCGACGCGGAGGCUGGUAACGAAGUAGCCAAAAUCUUGGAGGGACACAUCAGCAGGAAAGUAAUCAAGCAAACCGUGAUGACGACGGUAUACGGUGUGACGAAAUUCGGUGCGAGGCUUCAGAUUACGCGACAACUGAGCGACUUAAAGGAGUUCGAUCAAAACUACACCUGGAGCGGCAGUCUAUACCUAGUUGAGCAAACGUUUAAAUCACUCCGAACGAUGUUCACGAGUGCAAAGGAGAUUCAGGACUGGUUCACGGAUUGCUCCCGCGUCAUCUCGACCAGGUGCAACCAGUACGUUCAAUGGCAGACGCCGUUGGGCCUUCCGGUUAUGCAGCCCUACUUCAAGCGCGGCAAAUCCACUCACAGCAAUAAAAUUCUAAAGAAACCGGAUACGUUGAAGCAAAAGAACGCCUUCGCGCCGAACUUCAUUCACUCGCUGGACUCCUGCCACAUGAUGUUAACGAGUUUGUACUGCGAGCAGGCGGGGAUCACGUUUAUGUCGGUGCACGAUUGUUUCUGGACACAUGCGUGUACAGUGAAUAUUAUGAGCAGAAUCUGUCGAGAACAAUUCAUCGCGCUGCACAGUGAGCCUAUCCUCGAAGAUUUAUCCAUGUUCCUUACAGAGAGAUACAAAAAGCACUUCUUAAUGGAAGGGAUUACCAAGCGAAAUGAUAAGGAUCUGUCCUUGCAAGUUUUGAAGCAGCUGCCAAAGAAGGGUGAUUUCGACAUCACAAAGGUGCUGUCGUCCGAAUAUUUCUUCAGUUGAAACGUAUAGCUGUAUAAUAAUCACGUCUCGAAGAUACGUAUUGGUUUUACACAUGUGUAUUAUAACCGCAUUCGUGAGAAUGUAAAGCUUUUAGCGUACGGCCAGUCCUGGUGCUCAUUGUUGCAAUUGGCCAAUUAAUUGGCCAAUUAAUUAAAAUAAAUUGUUAAGAUGUGUUCAAAAUGGAUUUCUCAAAUUUCUAGCAUCAUAAAUUUUUUAUAUUAGAAGGUUUUGCAAUAAUUAUGUGUAAAUAUUGCGCGUCAAUGUUAAUUAUAUCGAAUAAUGGACACGUGCUCGACGAGCAUGACGCUAACGCUAGAAAUCGCAAGGAAUUAUGUAAAAAGUAUAUUUUAUAUUGAACGUUUACUUUUGUUUUGAACUUUUGAAUAAGAAAUUAUAAGAUAUUACAAGAUUAUCUUAUAAUUCUUAUUACAUUAAAUUCAUCAAAUAACAAAUAUUUAAAAAAUGCGGUUAAUUUUAAAUUUUACAGACAGCUUUUGAAACUCUUUUCAGACUUUCUUGAAUAAGCGUAUGGAUAAUUUGCAUUUGUAAGUUUGAUUGAAGAUUCAGUUGAUCGGUUGCCACGACAACCGCGUACUCAACAAACAUAACCUGAUCUGUAAGUCUCAGUGUCUCACUUGUCAGCCUGUCAGAUCCGCGUCACUUUGACUGUACACUGUAUUAGCAAAAUGUGAGCAGUGAGCGGGGAAUGGUCAGGCCGGACCAGUAAAUGGGCAUCGCCGUGUCAAGUCGUGUCACAUCGCGUUGAGGAAAUAACCUGAUCCAUCGCCAAGGGUUCUUGCACAUUGUCAAACACAACGUGAAGCGCGGCGUAUUUUACGUGCAAUUGGACAAUGUCUGUAAGCGUAGAACAUGAUUAGAUAUAUUAGGUAAAUCAAUAAAAGAAUGUGCAACAUUAAAUAUAGCAUCAAUAAAAAGUAGAUAUACGAAUCGAGAA